AUGGCUCUCAGUUUCUCAUCUAUGUUAGAGAAGAAAAAGGUUUUGUUUAUAAUGGGUGCAACUGGGACUGGAAAAACUAACCUUUCUAUUAAAAUAGGUACUCAAUUUCCUUCUGAAAUCGUUAACUCAGACAAAAUUCAAGUCUAUAAGGGUCUUGACAUUGUCACCAAUAAGUUACCAAAAUCCGAACAAUGUUCGAUUCCACAUCACAUGUUAGGCUUUAUUGAUGAUCCAAAUUGUGAUUUUUCGGUGACCGACUUUUGCAAGAAAAUGCUUGAAACUCUAGAUAUCAUUGUUGAAAAUGGACAUUUACCUAUUAUUGUAGGUGGAUCAAAUUCUUACAUACAAACACUAGUUGAUGAUCCAAUUUACGCAUUUCGUUCAAAAUAUGAUUGUUGUUUCAUCUGGGUGAAUGUAUCUUUGUCUAUUUUGUUUCCUUAUUUAGACAAAAGAGUUAACGAAAUGGUCGAGGCAGGUCUUGUUGAUGAAAUUAGAGAAUAUUUUGUCCCCGGAGCAAAUUGCACAAGAGGGAUUAGAAGGGCGAUCGGUGUUCCUGAACUUCAACGUUAUUUCGAGAUAGAAAAUAAUAAAGGUAUUGAUGAGGGUGAUAAAGAAAAGAUACUCAAGAAAGCUAUUUCAAAAACAAAAGAAAACACUUGCAAAUUGGCGGAAAAUCAACUCUUGAAAAUUGAAGAAAUGGUUAAUAAGCUUGGGUGGAAGAUGCACAAAAUUGAUUCUACAAAAGUUUUUAAAGCUAUUUUAAAAGGAGAAGAUUAUCAACAUUUGCAUAAGGAAAUAGUGGUUAAACCAAGCCUUGAGAUAGUUAAGGAAUUUUUAGAGGAGACAACUCUGAAAAUCUAA